AUGCCGGGCGGCCGCGGCUGGCGGGCGGCUCGGCUCGGCUCGGCUCGGCCGAUGGCGGGCGGCGGGCCGGGCGCGGCGCGCUGGGGGCGGCGGCGGGGCACGGCGGCGAUGGCGGCGGCAGCGGCCCUGUCCCUAGCGCUGGCCCUGGCCUGUCUGCUGCUGCUGCGAGGAGCGCUGCUGGGCGCGGCGGCGCUGGGCGCGGCGGGGGCCUGGUGCGCGAUGCGGCCCGGCCCGCUCGCACCGCGCCCACUCGGGAAAACCGCGGCCAACGGGAACCCGGCCGCUACCUCAGGCCGGCCCAUGAGGGCCCCUCCGCGCCGCCUCGGCCUCGGGGCCUCGCCGGCCACCCCGCGCUGCCCGCCGCAGGGCCCGCGCCGUCGCUACCCGCUGCCGCAGGCCCUCGGCUCCGUCCCGAUCGUCCUGCCUGCUGCCCGUUGGGAGACGAGCUGUUCGCCUAGGAGCGCACCCUGGCUUCGCAGGACCGGCCCCAUCCGCAGUCCGGUCACCGUGAGGAUCGGCCGGCCGGCCGCCAGCCUGGCCCGCUCCCCGGCCCUGGAGCAGCUGAUGUCACCCAUUGCCUCACCAGCCAACAGCAGCCUGGACCCAUGUGCAAAAGAGACUGUGCUGAGUGCCAUCAAGGAGAGCAGGAAGAGGGCUGUGGAGCGGGAGGAGGAGGAGGAGGAUCAGGCAUUUGGAAGCAAUCAAGAGAGCAAGAGAAGGCGCCACGACAGCAGUGGAAGUGGGCAGUCAGCAUUUGAGCCACUAGUAGCCAACGGUGCCCCCACCUCUCUCAUACCCAAGCCUGGCUCUCUGAAGAGAAGUCUCGUGUCUCACUACCCAGAUGAGUGCUCAAACAAGAGGUCUUGCACCUCUUCCACGAGCUCCCUCAACCACAGCUACACCAGUGGCAUCCCCAGCUCCAUCCGCAACGCCAUCGCCAGCUCCUACAGCUCCAGCCAGGGCCUUGCACAGCUGCGGAAGAGAAGUGAUAUGAGUGUGUCCCCACUGUCCAGCCCGGCCUCCUCCCGCUCCCAGACCCCCGAGUGGCCUCGCAAGAAGCCCAGGGAGGAGGAGUCACAUCACUCCAACACUUCCACACCAGUCAAAUCAGACAAGGAGCUGCAGACAGAGAAAGCGGUGGAGACGCCGGUGCGGCAGAAGAGGAACUCGCUGAGCCCGGCGUCGGGGAGCAGCGGGAAGCGCAAGCGGAAGAUCCAGCUGCUGGCGUCGCGCCGGGGGGACCAGCUGGCGCUGCCCCCUCCGCCUCAGCUGGGCUACUCCAUCACCUCGGAGGACCUGGACGCGGAGAAGAAGGCAGCGUUUCAGUGGUUCAACAAAGUCUUGGAGGAUAAGGCUGAUGUGGUCCCCAGCACCACUGCAGACUCUACACCUGUGUCCAGGCCGCUGGCGUUCACCGUGACCUCCUCAGGGCCUGUGUCUGCCUCGACAGCUCCUGCCCCAGCCACCACUAACUCCUUCCUGGACAGCCUGAAGAAGAUGCAGAGCAGCCAGGCUGUGCCCAUAUCAGCAGACUCCACUGGAGCUGCAGUAGUGUCCCAGCCGCCUCCAUCAGCUGCACAGCCGCCUGCUCCUGCUGUAUCGCAGGAGUCUGCUUCUCUGCCUGCCACCUCUGCUGACGUUAAGCCUGUGCCUGUGUUGAGCACAGCUGCCCCUGCUGCCCUCCCUGCCUUGGGGCUGCAGGCCCCCAGCAGCCUGGCACCAUCUACAUUCACAGAGCUGGGUGAGACCCCCAGCAAGCCUCCCUCCUUCCCGAAGCCGAGCAUCCUUUUCGGGAUGCCAAACGCUCCUCCUGCCAGCCAGCCCACCACGACCGUGGCCACUGCUGUGCCCACCGCAGCCACUGCUGUGCCCACCACAGCCACUGCAGUGCCCAGCACGACCCCUCUCUUCAAACCCAUCUUUGGUGCUUUGCCAAAAAGCGAGAGCGCUGCACCCUCUACAGCUGCUGUCUCUGCCACAGUCACCGUGAGCUCAGGCCCUUCCUCAACAUCCUCCACCACCACCGUGUUCAAGCCUAUCUUUGGCAGCGUCACCACAGCUUCAUCUCCAGUGAAGGUCUCUCCUUUUGCCUUCAAACCAAUGUCACAGCUGACCUCAGCCACAGAUCUGCCAGCAGCCUCCACAACUACCCUGGCAGGGUUCACAGGUCUUCCUAACGUCAUCUUCACCACUGCAGCUACAACUUCCACCACGCAGAGUUCCUCCACAGAUGCCACCGUUAAACCCGUCUUCAGUUUUGGACUCAACCCACCCGCCUCCACUGCUCCCACCACCAUCACCGCUGCCACAUCCACCAGCAUGUCGCAGCCCUUCCUCUUUGGAGGCCCGACCAGCUCAGCUACCACAACAGAAAGCAGCUUUGCUACCCCAGCGCCAGUGUUCCAGUUUGGAAAGCCACCUGCAGCUACGGUCACUGCCACCACCAGCGUCCCGGGAGGCCCUGCCUUUGGCCAGGCACCUUCAAAUUCGACAGCUCCUACCACCACUGUGGGCUUUAGCAUAUUUGGGGCCACCGCACUGACUACUUCUACCCCAGCCACCACAGGUCAAGCAACGCUGACGUUUGGCUCCUCCAUUUCAGCUUUCGGCAGUUCCUUCAGCACAGGCACGAAGGCACCGCCACCGUAUCCCGGCGCGGCAACUCAGCCUGCCUUCAGCGCCGGCACGGCCGAGAGCCAGCCUCCCGCCAGCAAACCUGCAGCUGGCCCUGUCACCUUUGGCCCCCCGUUCAGUUUCGGAGCCCCCGCGGCCCAGUCUGCCGCUCAGCCGGCAUUCGGCGGCAGUGCUCAGCCAGCCUUUGGCACAACCAGCGCUCAGGGCUCCUUCGGCACCAGCAGCACCCAGGCGGCGUUCGGGACCACCGCGUCCGUCUUCUCCUUUGGCACAGCCACCUCCACCACCGCCAGCUUCGGUUCCACCACCCAGACGACGAGCAGUGGCACGGGCAGCACGGUCUUUGGCACCACCCCUUCUCCCUUCACCUUCGGGGCGACCGCCCAGCCAAGCCCCUCUGGCAGCGCCUUUGGGAUCGGCACCCCCUCCCUGAGCAGUGCCUCUCCCGCCGUGGCAUUCAGCUUCGGGGCCGGGCAGAGCGGGGCCUCCCCAGCGGCCACGCCGUUUGGCUCUUCCCUGGCACAGAGCACGCUGGGGGCACAGAGCCAGAGCACGCCCUUCGCCUUCGCCAUGCCCAGCACACCCAACAACAGGCUGGCCUUCGGAGCAACUCCCACGCCCACCUUUGGGCAGAGCACGCCCGUCCCAGGAGCCGUGGGCAGCGGAAGCAGCAGCCUGACCUUUGGGACCCCCAGCACCCCUGCCUCAGGCUUCGGAGGAGUCGGCACUUCCUUCGGUUCGUCCACCCCGACGUUUUCCAUCGGGUCAGGCUCCAAGACGGGCACUCGCCAGCGGCUGCAGGCACGGAGGCAGCACACCCGCAAAAAGUAACCUCCGGUGCCGCUGGGCCCCUGCCGCCAGCCUGCGCCGGCAGCCCCUGCCCGGGCGCAGGGGGCUCCGCUCUGGAGCGGUACCCACGGCGGGACCGGUGGUGAUGGGGCCAGGGCCCCCUCGCUGAUGCCAGCCAGAGACCAUGCUGGGUGCCAGUGAGCGGGGUGGGAUGGGAUAAACCAAACUCUUCUUACUUGAACAGUUCCACAGCCAAGGCUGGAUCAACCUCUGUACAUAUCCGCAGCAUUUCCUCCCUCACUUUUCUUUUGCCAUGUUUCAUGAUGUGUAAAUUCUCCCCCAUUUGCUUCUUCUAGCUGUUCCUGUGCCCUCCUCCUCAACCCCCCUUCCAGUCAGACCCUGCCCCAUGGCACAGCAGCCAGCAGAGCCUCAUGUCCCUGGUCGGAGCCCUGCUGGUGACACGCUGUGCUCCUGCCGGCUGCUGUUCCAGGCUGCUAUGGGCUGCUGCCUUCACCAGGUCCCAGAAGCUUUCCCCACUCUCAUCCGGUGGCCUGGUGAACGCACUCCCUCCAGAGGGCUCUGCUUUGCUGCUGUCCCUGCAGAACACGAGCUGGGGUUAGUGCCAGCCUGAGGUGGGCAUCUCGGUGGCAUGGGUGACUGACCCAGCUGGGUGGUGAUCCCGCUCGCUGUGACUUCCAUCUCCCAUCAGACCUCUGCCGAAGAUGCCCCUUGGCUGGAUGCAGGGGUGGGGAUGGGGGUCCCUGCACCCCUCUCCCAGCCACCGAGCAGCCUCUCCAGCCCUCACUGCUCCCCGCCAGGCUGCAGGCUGCCCCUGCCCCGCUCGUGUAGAGCCUCCCCCGCCACCCCUGUUUUGCUUUCUCUGUGCUCCCCUUCCCAUGUGCUCACUGAAUCGAGUUUGGAGGAAGAGCUGAACCGUGUGCGUGGCGGCAUGUUGGUUAUGCCGGAUUUGCUGUUUGGAGUUUCUUUUCUUGGGGGGCGCCUGUCCCUUUGCAGGGGACGCGUCCCAGCUAAUUGGGUGUUGACAGUAGCAUCACUGCGUGGCUGCUCGCGCUGGGGGAGUUGUCCCUUCCUUGAUUGAAAGGCAGGCAGCUGGUGGGAGGUGUGAUGGAGCCUGGACCCCCAGGCAUGGCGGCUCCAGCCCUGGCAGUCUUUCCCCUCACUUCCCCUCUUCUGGCUGCCCUUCCCCUCUU